GUGACGUGACGACGUUAGCGGUGUCACAACAAACCGAAAAUCCCCGUCUCGUGCUGCCAGCGCAAAACUUCGCAGUUGGGGCGUUUUGGGGGUGGAUACACCACCCAUCCUCGAGGGCUGCACGUAUUUUGUUUUCCAAGUAAGCCGCACAAAUAAAGAUUGCGAGAUUGCGACCGUGUUUGCCAACGAUGAAGUAGACCGUAGGUGUGUAUGUGAGUGUAUGUAAAAGAGAGAAAAAGAGAUAGAGAGAGAUAGAGAGAGAGAGAGAGAGAGAGAGAGGACUGGUAACAGAAUCCAGCUAGGCCAAAGGGGCUCCGCCAGCGUUGUGUUGUUGUUUGUGAAACAGUCUGCCAAAAAGGUGCAACAAACACUUGCCAGCAGCAGUAGCAGCAAGAUGCGGACGGCGCUCGUGUACUACGUGUGUUUCGGUGCGAUCUUGCUGGCCCGGGGCAGUGGAAGCGGGGCGCCACCACAGCACCCCGACGCGCCGAAUGUGAACGUCACCGUGGCGAAGGUGAUCGGUGCGAUGCUGGCGGACGGUGGUGAGCGGGACAACGGGACGGUCAGCGCCCAGCAGGAGCACCACGCCGACCGGGGCCAGCGGAUAGUGGCGCGGAAGGGCGUGAGCAACGAUGUGGUCGUCCCGGUGAGGAGCGCCGCCCCGGAGCACCCAUCAACAGUCGGUGCGUCCGGGAACAGCACGGCCCACACACAGGCAAACGCAACGACCGGCACGACGCUGCACGAGUCCACGUCUUCCUCCGGCGCGCACGGUUCCACGCUACCUGCAAUCACCAGUGCAAACGCGUCCUCAACCGCACCGAGCUCAGCAACGUCGACGUCAGCGGUACAGCCGCCACCACAAUCAAGGCCGCCCACCAGUGCCAACGCAACAACGACCCAGCGAACGGUCGCGGCUAGCAGCACCAGUAGCAGCAGCACAACCACCACCACCACCACCACCACAUCAACCACAACGACUACAACGACAAGUACCACCACGACCACCACCACCACCACCACCAAACCUCCGAAGAAGCCAAAGAUCACCUACUCGAUCGAGGACGAGCCGAACCUGCUGCAGGCGGCGAAACCGGGGUACGGGGCGGCACCGUACGAUCCGCAGGUGGACAGCAGCGGCCGGCUGCGCGUCGACGAACCGCUCGCCCAGUUCUCCAAGGAGUAUCUGCCGCCGGGCGGCGACCUGCCGAACGGCCGCCGGGAGUACAUCGUCCCGAUCGUGACGCUCAUCUUUGCCAUCCCGCUGCUGCUCGGCCUGUUUCUGCUGUCGUACCGGCGGGCGAAGGAGUUCUGGCUGACGCGCCACUACCGGCGGAUGGACUUCCUGAUCGACGGCAUGUACAACUACUGAGUUGCCACCCCCUCCCCCCACCCUCUUCCCCGCAUCCCCAUGCCCUGGCCCUUCAUCUUCCUUUCCGCUUCCAUGCGGUCCCGAGAAAAUUGGAACAGCAAACGUUAAUUAAUGUGCGAUAAAGUGCCUUCUUGAAGCCCUCUCCCUUUAACCCUCCCCCUUCUUACUGUGGAAUUAUCGGGCGAGCCGACAGAGAAUCUUUUGGGGACGUUGGCGAUCGCCCCAGCUUUAGAUUAGCUAGUAGAAACGUACAUCCCUCCCAUCCUGUCCGUGAGGUAGACACGCAACUAAAACCGCUAACCUUUCCGUUUAAUUUGCCUUUGUUUUUUGUUUGGUAGUUUUAGAGAAAUCUUUCGCGAAGGUGUUACACCGCGUGCGCUUGCCCGUAUAGCCCACAGAAAUCCAGAGCUAGAAACGGUUAGGAUCAAAUCCUCUCUCCUUCUCCACAGCAGAGCAGGCAGACACUGUAGGUGUAGUACAGCCUAAGGGUUUAACCGGUCGGGCUGAGUCCCCUCCCAUCCAAGCCGCCAAAAAAGGGAAAUGGAAAACGUGAAACUCAUAACAAAAUCAUACAAAUGCGAACGCAAAGAUAAAACAAACAGAAAGGAAGCUUUCAUACGUUUCGUUCAUGUCUCUGUUACGCUGGUAGUAGUAGUAGUAGUGGUAGUAGUACGUACGAAGGGUAGGACAGGGUAAGAGUUAAAAUUUAGCGAAACGAUAUAGUGAAAAAAGCGAUAACAGAAGAAAAAAAAAAUGAAAAAGUAACAAAACUAAAAGGUAAACCAAUUUUUUGGAACUAUUACUGUGAGUUAUCUCUAGAUCAGAGGAAGAGGGAGAGAAGAAGAAAACAAGUAUUGUUAACGUAUUUCUUUUUUAUUAUUAUUAUGACAAAAUAUACUUCGUAGCGAACAGAGGAACACACUAA